GGAUCGCACCGUGGUGGCUGAGUGUUGUUUCCUGGGCUGCGGAGUCAGGCUCAAACAAACUACAGCACUUUUGAUUACAGGAGAGUCUGUCCUCACCAGCGGGAUCGGAAUUUGUUGCCCCUAAUUAACGGUGUGUGAAAUACAUCAUUUCUACGUAGUUGAUCAGAAGUGAAUCCCUUUCUCAGAACAUGGGCACCUAUGCAAGUAGCUUCCAUCAGUCUGGAGGACAGAUUCUCCUGGAGUCUACUGAUCCCUGUCAGGCAAACUGGAUAACAGCACAUGCAGAGGCAUGUCAGUUGACUAUUCCAGAGGUGCAGAGGUGCUGGAGUCGUUUCCUUCUACUGCAGCCCGACAGGAAAGGGAAUGUCCCCUGCAAUCGCUUUCUUACGGAUGAGAGAUUUAGCCAUCAGCUGUUGCAGCAGAUGCCACUCGUAGGGAAUGACCUGGUGACUUUCCAGACAUACUGCAGUGCGGUCUCAUGGUUCUCCAAGUCCAGCCUGGAGACCAAACUCCGAGGGUUGUACCAGACAAUGGCCUCCAACAACUCAUUGAAUCAGAAGAGAUUAGAGUUUCUCCUGCAGGAUGUGUACCCUACUGAAACACCAGAGACCAUCUCUCAGCUUUCACAGCUUUUAUUGAGCAAAGUUGACAGUAAUCACCAAGGCUAUAUUGAUGAGGAACAGUUUGUUGCCUGGAUAUUGAAACUACCACAGGAUGAUGUGAAGUCAGUUCUGCACUUCUCCAUCAUACCAGAGGAAAUCAUCACAGCAAGUAAAGGCCAGUCACUUAGCUUAACUAAUGUUGAAACUUUGGACGAGACCUCAGCUGUGACAGACAAACAGCUUCUGCAGAUUGCCAGCGAGAUGUCAGUUCAAAAGAGAGACUGGAGGCUUCUGGCCAAUAAUCUGGGAUUUCUAGAGCAGGAGAGCUGUGCCUUUGAAGUCCAACAUUCAGAAGUCAAUCAGCAGAUCUUGGAGAUGUUGCAGGCGUGGCUAAAGAGAGCAGAGCCGCUGACUUCAGUCUCCGUGUUGCAACGUGCUUUGUGGGAGAGUGGCAACUCAGACAUAAGGAAUGAGGUAUUCCAGCUCAGUUUCUGAAACCACCCGAUCAGCAGACUGGCUUCAAGAGCUGCGAUGCCAAUUGAGACAGACUAACCAGCUAACUUCCAUUCAGAGAUGGUGCGAAAAUGCAAUAUUUAUAAAUGCCGAUGUCAUAACAUGCCUUCAUUCACUGGAGAAGUUUUAAUUACAGACUAGGGUUUUAAAAAUUCUGAAACCUUUAGAGAAUGAAUAAAUAAUAAAGCGAAAGGAAGCAACUCAAUGAAUAAAUGUGAAAUUUGUAAUUUUGAUUAAAGGAGGAAUUACUUUGAGAGAGAAAACAUUUCACCAAAAUAAAAUUUUUAUUAA